AUGCCUCAGAUCAAGAGCCCACAUGGAAGUCGUAUUUCUGUUAAGAUCACGAACCUCGUUAGCAGAACAUUUCUCCUUAAGAAUUGUAACACACCUGUUUAUUCCAGCAUAAUGAAAUAUCAGUCAAACAACAAGAAAGGAGGAUUUGGUGGUGGCAGUGGCGGCGGAGGAGGAUACAAGAAUGGAAGAAUGGGGGGCGGUGGUUUUAAGGGCAGAGUGAAUAAGAAAAAUGACCAAGAUAACUUUGGUAGUGGAUUAAGAGCUGUAGAUUGGGAAGACCAUAAUCUCUCAGAUUUCAAAAAGGAUUUUUAUUGCCCUCAUCCUAAUGUUUUGAACAGACCAUUUACAGAAGUUCAGCGUUAUAGAGAAAGUAAAGAUAUUAUGGUCAGGGGAGUCUCUGAUCCCAGUCUCAACCCGAUUCAAUUUUUUGAAGAGGGGAACUUCCCUGAAUAUGUUGCUAAUAAUAUUAAGAAAAUGGGAUUUGAUUUUCCAACUGCUAUCCAAGCCCAGGGUUGGCCUAUCGCAUUGAGUGGGAAAAAUAUGGUUGGCAUUGCUCAGACUGGUAGCGGUAAAACUCUAGCCUACAUUCUUCCUGCUGUAAUUCACAUCAGAAAUCAACCUAGAGUACAACGUGGAGAUGGUCCUAUAGCUCUUGUAUUAGCACCUACUAGGGAAUUAGCUCAACAAAUUCAAACAGUGGCUAGUCAAUUUGGUGGUGCUUGUGGGCAAAAGUCAGUUGCGGUAUUCGGAGGUGCUCCUAAAGGACCUCAAGCCAGGGAUUUGGAGAGAGGAGUAGAAAUAGUUAUUGCCACACCUGGGAGAUUAAUCGAUUUUUUGGCGAGAGGUACUACUAACCUAAGGAGGUGCACCUAUUUAGUUCUGGAUGAGGCUGAUCGCAUGUUAGAUAUGGGAUUUGAACCACAAAUCAGGAAAAUCAUGCAACAAAUUAGACCCGAUCGGCAGGUGCUCAUGUGGUCUGCAACUUGGCCCAAAGAAGUCAAAGCUCUUGCAGAAGAUUUUCUUCAAGAUUAUGUUCAGGUGAACAUUGGUUCUUUAGAAUUAGCCGCUAAUCACAAUAUACACCAAAUAGUAGAAGUUUGUGAAGAAAGUGAUAAACAAUCUAAACUUAACAGCUUACUUGAAGAAAUUGGAAAUGAAAAACUUGAAAGAACUAUUAUUUUUGUUGAAACAAAAAAGAAAGUAGAAGCUAUUGCCAAUGCCCUUAAAAGAGUAGGACGAGGUAAAUCAUUAAUCCUCGUUGCCACAGAUGUUGCUGCCCGUGGCUUAGAUGUUGAAGAUGUUAUGUUUGUAAUCAAUUAUGAUUUCCCCAACUCCUCUGAAGAUUAUAUUCAUCGUAUAGGCCGCACAGGGCGAUCCAAUGCCUCAGGCACUGCCUAUACCUUUUUUACUUCUGCAAACCAAAAACAGGCCAGGGACCUUGUUGCGGUCUUAACUGAAGCCAAACAAAGCAUUUCUCCUGAAUUGCAAGCAAUGACAAGGUUCUCAGGUGGUGGAGGUGGCUUUUCUCGAGGUUAUAGAAAUGGCACCUUCAAAAGGAAUGACAAGUUUGGUGGUAGUCGCUUCAAUUCUGGCUUCCAGAGGAAUUCUGGUAGUUAUCAAAGAAAUUCCAAUUCUAAUGGCUUUGGACAACAGAAUACCAACUAUAAGAGAUUUGACUAUGAUUAGUUUUUCUGAAGAAGAGAAUUUUAUCACUUGUGUAAUUUAUAUUGUAUAUAAGAGAUGCAGAUUUAUGCUGCAGUAAAUAAUUCCUAAUGAAUUAAAUGUGAUAUUUUAGUGUUAAUUUUUCACUUGAUUAAAACAAGAGUUAAUAAGCAGUGUCGUUGUAGACUCUACAUUAAUUUAUGUUUUUUAUCUGGAUUAUAUAACUUAUAAGUUCCAAAUUUUUUUUUUUUUGUAUGAGAAAUUCAUGAUACCUUUGUAUUUUAUUUCACAUUUUUCUUGUAGUAUUAAACUAAUUAUAACACCUUAUGUUGGAGAACUGUUCUGUUAACUUGAAAAAAGUAAAAAGGAAGAGUAACUUACUAUUGAUUAAACUUUUUUUUAUGAAA